AGCUGGUGACUAAGGAAUGUUGAUACUACGAUAUCUAUCUCUGCUAGCGGUUUUAAAUGGAGCUCAUGUUUACGGGACAAGUGAGUCUUGCUGUCCUUUUUCAUUUGGAUUGAAAACGUGUCUUGAAAAUGUUGGGGAGGUUUGAGAAAAGUAUAUUGUUCCAGUGUUUGAGUGGAGGUUUGUCCAACAGGGCUUAACUUUUUAUGAAGAAACACUUUGCACAGUAGAUGUAUGAAAAAUAAAUGGGAUAUCAGAGGUUUAGUAUUGCUAGCAGAUCUUAAGAUCAAUUUUCAAAGCGAAUUCAGUUUUUAAUUCACAAGGUUUUGUCAUCAAAUGAUGCUAGUUACCAAAUCCUGCACGUGCCAUACUUUAGUUAAUGAUAAAAAUAAUAGUUAAGGAAAGUUGUAAACAGAAUUUCCUUUUCGCCAAGUCCCAGUGGGUUUUCGGCGUAAUCAGGGAUCGUAAUACUCUCGUGCAAAGGGCGUUAGGGAUCUCUUUUGCCUGCAGAUUAUGAAAUAAAAGUGACGACAUCGCAGGAACCCUUUGCUGGUACUGAUGCACGUGUGUACGUGAAUCUUAUUGGCGUGAAUGGUGCUUCCACUGGCUCCAUAAAGUUGCAUAAUUCAAUGCAGGACUUCGAAAGGGGAAGGUAAAGUAUUGGUUGCACGGCAGCGGUAAGGUAAUACUUAAGUGGAUUAUGCAGUCUGCCUAACCUCGCUACGGGUUUGAUGUAGCUCGGCAAGAAAGAGUAAGAGAAGUAGUUUUACCAAUGUCACUGUAGACAAUUCAAGAGCAAAGAUAAUUUGUUCAAAAACAAACUCGCACCAGUCUCUCAAUCAAUCAGAUGCAAAACCUGGAACGCAAUCGUUUCUUAAUUAUCCGAGUUUUCCCGCGCUUUGGGCAGUUUCCAUGGUUUUACUCUGAGUUCUCAUCAGUUCUUACGAGUGUCUUCUUUCCAUUUAAUCAUUCGAAGAUAAAACUGUUUUUAGUUUUAUGAUACCCAAUUAAAAGAUGCCUUUAUAAGUUACUAUUUGGGAAACGCUGGAAAAAUAAGAAAAAGAUUGAAUAUAAUUUUGCCACUGUAGACAAUUCAAGAGCAAAGAAUGAAGAACGUUUACAGUUGGGCAUUGAGAACAUUAACUCGGAUUACAAAUGAAUGACUAGAAAUUUUUGUUGGUAUCGGUCAAAGCCCUGAGUAACUUCCAUUACCUUUGCUAAGGCAAUAAAGCACUUAAAUAGAUUUUUAUGUUAUGUUUCUAGAACAGACACAUUUUAUCGAGAUGCAAGCCCAGUAGGCCAUUUGAAGGCUAUAAAAGUGCAUCGUGACAAUUCAGGAUUUGGACCUAACUGGAAACUAGCUCGGGUAAACUGUUACAAUCAUUACAGAAUUUUCCUGAUAAUUUCAGACUCUAUUUAGUGUGCGCAGCUUUCAUAGUCACCCGCAAAUAAGACAGCUACCGUUUUGAGGUACAGCAGUGUCAUGCAGUGUUCCUGCUUUUUUAUGAAGUUUAAGUCAAACAGAAAAUUAUGGUUAAAAGAUGUUCGAAGCAAGACUAGGAAAGGACUUUUUGAUUCCUUUAUAAUAAAUCCAUAAAGUAGGAAAAAUAAAUUCGCCAUGGGAUUGGUGAGCAGUGUGGCGCUAUAAACAAUUCCACACCCAAUGAAACCUUAUUUCAUUUAAAAUCACUGCGUAAGUGAAUGAAAAAUGAAGCUUGUGUCUGCUUUCUAUAGAUCACCGUACGUUUCAGCGGCUCGCCUCUGUAUAAGUUUUACUUCAAUAAGUGGAUACCUGCUUAUCGAUGGACUACAGCCAACGGUAAGGUAGAGUGUCCGAGCUAAAUCUGCCUUUUCCAAGCAUCAAAGCUAGAAUGCCGAUCACUUUAAUAAAAAGUACUUUUUGUAUUGGCGACGCCUAAAUUGAAGGUCGUUUAACAAAGCAGGCUACUGGAAAACUUAAAUAUUGUUUAAGGGUAAUUCAGAAUGGCAUUCCGUGUCUUGAACUUGUCUGAAUAACUUCUCAUCCGUUAUCAGAUCGAAUAUCUUAGUCUUUUGCUCAUCUAAAUUCCUUAAAUUAAACCCCACUACUUUUUUUUCACGUGUUGAUGAGAUUAAACUGACUUUCUUUUUAGAGGAAAAUGAAUGCCGAGCUGGUCUGGCAUUGUGCCAGCAUCUCUGUAUUGACACAGGAAGUGGAUACAACUGCGCAUGUCGCACGGGAUUUAAGCUCGAAGGCCGCUAUAAGUGUACAGGUAAGUUUGCGCAUAACGGUUAUGUAAACAAAGUAUAGGCGAUCACCAUCAAUCGAAAAACAGCUAUAAGUUAUCAUCUGUUUCCCUGUGUUUUGGCGUCACCAGUGAUCAAUAUGUGGGCUUACAGACUCCCUUUCCCGAGGGUUUUUGCUCGCUUAAGGCACGCCGAGGAGGACGUCGAUUAAUGAAACGAAUUUUUAUUUUAGUUAGAAUUUCACAAAUGGCUGGAAGUGUUUCCCGUCUCUUACGGUGUCACAGGUCAACUUCAGCAUACUGUAAGCGAACAGCUAUGAGUUCCAAAUGGAAAAUGAAAGUAAUUUGGCAACAGAAUUCCGUUCUCAGAACACCAAAAAUUUGUCAUUACACGUUGUUGUUUUCAGAGAAGAGCUAAUAAAAGUACACAAGGUUUUAAAGUGCACGUGCUGAGCUGUUGUUCUGUUCAUUAGGUCUUUUGUUUUGCCACGUCUUCGUCGUUGGCUCUGUCGUGGUUUGCUUUAGGGCCCUGGCACUAUCUCGAAAAAACAGCAUUUCUCAGAGAAUGUCACUGAGAUUACUCUUCGUGAAAUUCUUCUGCUACGGAGUAUUACAUUCACACAAAUGAUACAUUCACGUAUUCUCUUCAUUUGGUUUCUUAGACUUGGACGAAUACGUUAAUGGAGUAAACAAGUGUGAACAGCAGAUUACAACUUGUAGCAACAAACUUGGAAGUUAUUCCUGCCAAUGCAAAAUGGGAUAUCAGUCCGGAGACUCACUGUACAUAUUUCGAUAUAACCAUAUUUUCGAUAAACCUCUCUAACAUCAAUUUAUCAGAGUCCUCUCAGAUGAUGGUUGUUGAAUUUCAUGUUAGUUUUUCUUAACUGCACUUUUGUAAAAGAGGCAAUUUUCUAAAGAAACUGUUGUGUUACGUCGGUGGAGACAGUUUGAUUUGAUCAAAGAGUUUUUAAAGCCGACAUUUCGAGCGUUAGCCCUUUGUCAGGGCUGCGACAGCUACGUUUUAACUACAUGUGACUACGCUGGCCAAUUUGUCACGUCACGUAUUUCUCCCCAAGCUAAGCGUCAGUGGCAGGUGACUGAAUAGUUCUGCCAAAAUCGAAAAAAAAAUGGCUUCGGGUCAUCGUUUUGUCCAAUAAGGUAAAAAAAAAAAGAAAAAAAUUCAGUUCGUUUUGUCAUGCAAAUAACCUGCUAGCGAGCAUUUUCGUCCACCUCUUAGGGUUUAAAAUAAUGAAAAGAGCUAAUCCAGGCACAUUUAUUUUACUUAGAUGUUGAUGAGUGUAGUACUGGAGAACAAAAAUGUCACAGUCAAACUACCACAUGUAAAAACAAUCUUAGAGGCUACACAUGCCCCUGUAAGAGAGGAUAUCAGCCUGGCCAGUCAGCUUAUGAGUGUCAGGGUAAUUGUUUUUACUAUUAUAAAGAAACUGUGAACAAAAAGCCCCGUCCUUUACACUAUAAUGGAAAAAACCACGAUCAGUUAUUUCCGUAGGGUCUCCAAAAGGAUCUUUAAACAAUAAAUUAUGUCUAACGUUGAAACUGCCUUAGCAACUUUAUCAAUUGAGUCGCGAUAUCUGAAUUUUGACAACUUAUCCUACGUAAUGAAAAUUUUCUAACAAUCUCUUUUUUUUGUUUCCCACGAGAAAGGUUUAUUUAUGCUGGUGAGUUUAAUCCACAGAUAUGAAUGAGUGCAUGGCAGGAAAUCGCAAGUGCGAGGGAAAGACUACCAAUUGCAAAAACAACUUUGGAAGUUACAGUUGCGAGUGUAAAGAUGGAUUCGAACUUGGACUUUCACCCUAUAAAUGCAACGGUAAAAUGAACAAUUAUUUUUUUUAUUAUUCCAGUUUGGGUCAUUCUGGACUAAAACAUUCUCGAGCUGAACUUAACUCGUCCUUUAUCAAGCGUCUUCUUAACGUAAUUUUAAGUUCGUGUCCUAUUAGGAUCGAUUGGUUAAGGUUGCCCACAUUUGGUCGGUUUUUCUUUCUUUUGUAUAAGCUGGAUACAAAAGAAGAAGAAGAAUCUAUAUCUGAGAAAAUUGAGGAAAAAGCAGUAAGCAUCAUAUCAAAAUAUGGAAAAUUGGAGACCAAGUUUUCUCCCCUCAACUAUUGAAAGGAAAGAAAUCUGGUUUUGACUAAUCCCGAUAAUUGCCGAGUCCUAACCGUAAACGUUUGAUUACUUGUUCUAAUGGGAGACUUCAAUUGAGAUUUUUGAGACCGAAAAUGACAAUUUUAGAACAGAGAUUUAUUCACGACUAACUCAUUCAAAUGAGAAAAAAAAAACCUGCCUCUGUUUAAAGACAAGAGACAUCAGCUUGCUCGAACCUCAAUGAGCACCGACACUAGGUAAGGUGUUUACAAAAAGUUACGUUUUCAGUGCCAUUAAUAUGGAUGAGUACCACUUGUGUUUUGAAGAACUUGGCACAUUAACUUCAUUUAGAUGUUGAUGAGUGUAGUACAGGAGAACAAAAAUGUCACAGUCAAACUACCACAUGUAAAAACAAUCUUAGAGGCUACACAUACCCCUGCAAGAGAGGAUAUCAGCCUGGCCAGUCAUCUUAUGAGUGUCAGGGUAAUUGUUUUUACUAUUAGAAAGAAACUGAGAAAAAAAAGAGCCCCGUUCUUUGCACUAUAACGGAAAAAAUCCCGAUCAGUUAUUUCCGUAAUAAAAAAUGAUGUCUAACUUAAAAACUGCCCAAGAAACUUUAUCAACUGAGUCUGGAUAUCUGAAUUUUGAUAAAUUAUCCUAUGUAAUGAAAAUUUCCUAACGAUCUCUUUUUUCGUUUCCUACAAGAGAGGUUUAUUUAUGCUGGUGAGUUUAAUCCACAGAUAUAAAUGAGUGUAUAGCAGGAAAUCACAAGUGUGAGGAAAAGACUACCAGUUGCAAAAACAACUUUGGAAGUUACACUUGCAAGUGUAAAGGUGGAUACGAGCCUGAACCUUCACUCUAUAAAUGCAACGGUAAAAUGAAUACUAAUUUUUUUAUUAUUCCAGUUUGGGUCAUUCUGGACUAAAACAUUCUCGAGCUGACCUUCACUCAUCCUUUAUCAAGCGUCUUCUUAACGUAAUUUUAAGUUCGUGUCCUAUUAGGAUCAGUUGGUUAAGGUUGCCCACAUUUGGUCGGUUUUUUUUCUUUUGUAUACGCUGGAUACAAAAGAAGAAGAAUCCAUAUCUGAGAAAAUUGAGGAAAAAGCAGUAAGCAUCAUAUCAAAAUAUGGAAAAUUGGAGACCAAGUUGUAUCCCCUCAACUACUGAAAGGAGAGAAAUCUAGUUUUGACUAAUACCGAUAAUUGCCGCGUCCCAACCGUAAACGUUUGAUUACUUGUUCUAAUGGGAGACGUCAAUUGAGAUUUUUGAGACCGAAAAUGACAAUUUUAGAACGAAGAGAUUUAUUCAUGACUUACUCAUUCAAACGAGAAAAAAAAAAACCUGCCUCUGUUUAAAGUCAAGGGACAUCAGCUAGCUCGAAAUUCGAUGAGCACCGACCCAAGGUAAGGUGUUUACAAAAAGUUACGUUUUCAGUGUCAUUAAUAUGAAUAAGUACUACUUGUGUUUUGAAGAACUUGGCCCUGAAUGAUUAGCAUAUAAAUACUUUUGAAAACAAAACAAAAUAAAACAAACAUUCAAAUGUAUUUAUUCUGUGGGAAGAAUUAUCACCAAAUAAUAUGGAUUAUGAGUGACUCACUAAAACAAUAAAAGUUUCGAGUGAAUAUGCUGUAUUUCUGAAAGUGUCCGUUUAUUUAUUGGGAUAGAUGUCAUUAUAUGAAAAACUGCGCACCUGCCCCUCCCCUAACCCAGCAUUAACCCAAACUUGUUAUGAUUUGACUUUUGUUUGGUUUGGGGGAAGGGUUGGUGCGAAGUUGCUCAGAUAUUGACAUGGAUCCUUUGGUUCAUAGCUAAACGAUGCAACAUUUCCAUACCUCUGGGAAUGGAGAACGGUCACAUAAGUAACCAAUCCAUCACGGCAAGUUCUUAUUACUCGAGAUAUCCACCUUGGCUCGCCCGACUCAAAAGUGGAGCCGAGGAAAGCUGGUACGCACUCCCAAGUGACCCAAAUCCAUGGAUUCAGGUGGAUCUCGACAAGCUCACCUGGUUGAGAGGAGUAGCCACUCAGGGCAAGAGGUUCUCUUUUUUUGUCAAAACUUACAAGUUGGCAUAUUCUUUGGACGGGAUUCAUUGGAGUACUUAUAAGAAGGCGAACGGUGAAAAGGAAAUGGUAGGCAUUUCGUAUUCAACUGUCAAUUUUAUUUCUUAAAUUAUUCAUAUUGUUUUAGUUUUUUUUCUCCACAUCGCCUUUUUUCCACUUUUUGUUAUUCGCAUAUGUUACCUGUCCCCGGAAAGGUUCACAAUCUCGUUCUAGCUUGUUGCAAUUUAUUCUUUCGGUUAUUUUUGAGGAUAUUUUGUUCCCAUUCCCUGCAUUGAUUUUCAUUCAUCGGCUUCCUCUGUUUUGAUAGACCAUUUCAUACCCUAAUUAUAAUUUCCAGCAAGAGAAUGCAAAAAAAUACCUGCGAAAGGGCACGAGGAACUUUCUUGCACCAUCGAUCAAAUCUUUCAGGUCAACGCCUUUUUUGGGGGGAAAAUACAGAACCAUUUCUCAAUCUUCUGAGAAAGCAGCUCGAAAUGACAGCCAAUGAGUUGUAUAAAGAGGUUAUAGGUAGAUUGCUAGGGAUGCAAUGUCGUUUUACGAGUAAAUCGCAUUAGUUUCAGGACUGUCAGCGCCAUGGUAUCCACUCAUUUAAAGUCUUCUUAAGUAAUAAUUGAUUAUCUUCAUUGGAAAGGUUUUUAAAGGAAACACAGACCCUUACAAAGUAGCUAAGGUUGAACUCGACAACCCCAUUUUUACCCGUUAUGUCCGCUUGUACCCGAAGACCUGGAGGGAUGGAAUAGCUCUAAAGAUGGAGUUGUAUGGCUGCCGACCAGCAUAAGCUGUGUUUUAAUUUGAAAACGACAUUCAGUUGAUGUGCUAACGGAUGUUUAAAUAUCCUUGAUCGCAGUGGUAUUUCAAUAAACG